AUGUCUUCCUCACACUUCACCUUCUCCAUCUACUUUUUUACCUUUGCUCUCUUUCUCCAAACCAUUUUUGGAGCUAGCCCUCUCUUCCAUUUCUGUUCAAGCUCUGAGAACUUCACCACCAAUGACCCUUAUGAAUCAAACCUAAAAAAGCUCUUGGGUAACCUUUACUAUCAAACCCCUCUCCUAGGCUUUGGUCUUGGUUCAGUGGGUUCAUAUCCAUACCAAACUAAUGGACUUGCUCUUUGUCGUGGUGAUGUUGCAACCACAGACUGCAAGACUUGUGUCAAUGAGGCUAGCAAUGAAAUUCACAAACUUUGCCCAUACAAUAAAGGUGCCAUUAUAUGGUACGACAAUUGUCUUGUGAAGUACUUGAACAAGGAUUUCUUUGGCCAAAUUGAUAAUCAAAACAAGUUCUACAUGUGGAACUUGAGAAAUGUUAGCGAUCCGACAAAAUUUAACGAAAAGACAAGAAAGUUGUUGAGCCUCCUAGCCAAAGAAGCAUCUGUUACUCCAAAACUGUAUGCAGUUGGAGAGCUAGUACUUGGAGAAUCAAAGAAGCUUUAUGGUUUGGCCCAAUGCACUAGGGAUCUUUCUAACAGUGACUGCUUCAAGUGUCUUGAUGGUGUAAUUGGUGAACUUCCCCGAUGUUGUAAUGGGAAAGAAGGAGGAAGAGUUGUUGGUGGGAGUUGUAACAUAAGAUAUGAGAUUUACCCAUUUGUCAAUUCUUAGAUUAUGUAUGUCCUAGGGUUUAGAACUACCCAUAUGUCGUAACAUAAAAUAAAGUGUUUGUAGAAACACCCUUAUGAUGAUUCUCCAUUUUGGAAGAAUGCAGAAAUAGAACCUACUUUGUAU